AUGACAGUCCUCACCGCAGCAGAGCCGCCUAAUCGGAUAGAGGUGGACAUGGACGCACCCAGCCUCGACACGGACAGCAGCUGCACCUCGCUCAGCUCCAGCGUGCAGCGCUACGAGUACAAGCACGGCCGGCGCUACCAUGGCUACCACGCGGGCAGCUACCCUUUCCCCAACGACAAGCGCGAGCAGGACCGCCUGGACAUGAUCCACCACGUCUACACCCGCAUCCUGAACGACCGGCUGUUUCUGGCGCCGCUCGACCCGCGCGGCAAGGCCAUCCUCGACAUCGGCACCGGCACCGGCAUCUGGGCCCUGCACAUGGGCGACGCCCACCCGGCCGCCCGUCUGAUCGUCGGCAACGACCUGAGCCCCAUCCAGCCCUCGUGGGCCCCCGCCAACGUGCGCUUCGUCGUUGACGACGUCGAGAAGGACUGGGUCGACCGCCACCCCUACGACUUCAUCCACUGCCGCUACAUGGCCGGCUCCAUCAAGGACUGGCCGCGCCUCAUCCGUCAGUGCUAUGCGCAUCUCCGCCCCGGCGGCUGGCUCGAGCUGCAGGAGAGUGUGAACGUGAUGUAUUCCGAGGACGGCACCCUCCCGCCCGACAGCUUCAUGGCGCGCAUGAUGCACGGGCUCAUCGUGGCGUGUGAGAAGAGCGGGAGGACCAUGGACCCCGCGCCGUCAAUGGAGAAAUGGGUGCAGGAGGCUGGGUUCGAUCCCAUCACGAAGCAUCGGUUCAAGAUCCCGGUCGGCAGCUGGCCGAAGGAUCCGCGGUUGAAGGAGUGUGGGAGCCUCAUGCGGGUCAAUUUUGUCGAGGGCGUCGAGGCGUUCACGGCCUCGCUUUUCACGGAGGUCCUGGGGUGGACGCCGGAGGAGGUGGCCGUUUUGAAUACGGGGGUCCGCGAGGAAGCCAUGCGGAAUGAUAUUCAUGCCAUUUUUGAUUUCGUGUUGCUCCUGAACAAGGAGGCUAUUGAUCAUAUACCUGUGCGAGCUAUACUGCUGUCUGUUCUAUCUGUGUUUAUGAAGCUCAUCCCAUCUUACGUCAAUCACGAACAAAUCCCACCCACAGUAUCCUACCUUAUCUCUUCUAACAACUACAAAACCGUUCUUUCAGAUCAAAAAGUAUACAAAGCCAUCAUGCACCGUCGGACCUUCUACCUCGGCGACAUUUUAUGCUAUGAGCCUCCCUUUGCCUUCAAAGGCUUCCAUAUUCCAUUUGAGACUCAUUCUCAUUUUCUCGUUUGUGUCGCUGGAUCUAAUCUAAUGUCUUCCUCCAAGCCAACGAUCGCCUUCUUUGGCGCCACAGGUGGGAGCACCAUCUCGUGCCUGGCUCCUGCUCUGAAGGCCGGAUACCGCUGCGCCGCCUUGGCGCGAACGCCGUCCCGACUCCGGGACCUCCUGGUCCAGCGCGGCGUCCCUGAAUCAACCAUCGCCGACAACCUGACCAUAGUCUCCGGCACGGCGACAGACUUGCAGCCCGUCAAGCAGACGCUCCAGAUGGGCCAGCCGGCAUCUGAAAUGGCCGAUCUAAUCGUGUCUGGGAUUGGCGGGAAGCUGAUCAUGAGCAACCCCCUCUCGCCGACUCUAGACAACCCGACUAUAUGCCAGGACGUGGUCCAGAAUAUCCUGACGGCUAUUCGGGAGCUGCGCGGUGCGGGCACGACGAAGGCCCCAUUCCUGAUCACGCUCAGCACGACCGGGAUCAGCGACGUCAAACGCGAUCUCCCGAUCGCGAUGAUGCCCAUGUACCACUGGAUGCUGAAGGUCCCGCACGACGACAAGAAGGUGAUGGAGCGGCUGAUCGUGGACGACGCAGAGCGUGACCCUGCAGCGCGCGCUCUUGGUGGCUAUGUGAUUGUUCGGCCGAGCCUUCUCACCGACGGUGAUAGGGACAAGGGCGGUGAUUUGAAGAAGAUUAGGGUGGGUGUAGAGGAGAAGCCGGCGGUUGGAUACACAAUUUCCCGGGAAGAUGUUGGCCGGUGGGUGUUUGAACAUCUGGUGAAGAAGGGGAGGGAGAGUGAGUAUGCUGGAAAGGCUGUCACCAUCACUUAUUGA